UAAUUCUCAGUUGGUCUAAUAAAAGGUAUCAUCUCUAAACCAACAGUUCUAGAGUUUUGCAUAACAAAAACUUUCAGCACUAAUAGACUUUGUCUUUCCUUGAUAGAGAAAAGCCAAAUGAAUUCCUUAGCGACACGCAGAAAGCCACCACUACUCAUCACCUGAGCCUCCAAGAACUGCAGAAGAGCUGGACACAGCCCAGAGACUGGGAAGGAUCUUCGUUAUUUAAAGGAGAAAUUGAAACUCGUUUUUCUCCCUAUAUGAGGGAGAGUCCCACCAUCGAUGACUUAGAAGAAAGUUUACGACAACUUAAAGUUCAGGUGGACAGUUUGGCCUCCAGUCUGAGUUUUGACGCAGAUCAAGAUUAUACCCUAGAUUCUGGCACUGCAGAUGGGUCAAGUCCCUUUAAUCCGAAGUGGCCGAUGAUUCACAAUGGGGCCUACACGAAGGCAGACACUGGAGACACACUGAAGCAGCCUGAUGAGUCUGAGUGGUUUCUAAAGCCAACGCAUUUGGUCAGACCUCUGGGAGACUAUCCAGCACUUGCGAGCCUAGGCCUUCCAAUGUUCUCCACGUCACCAGUCAGCCGUGUGGCAGGGCUCCUCGGGAGUGAGAUAGCAAGCAGGAACUGUCUGCCGUCUGUGGAUCUAGCAUCUGCAGAACCAUUUCCAGCAAAGCUUGGUGCUCCUCACGUGAUAGGAGUCAAGGCCUUGUUGUCCCCUAAAAUCCCAGUGAGGGCCCGCUCACCCGAAAGGGUCACUUCUCCCUUGGACAGAGGCAGGUCUCUCUCCUUUGAUCGCUUGAGGACCAACCGGUCCCAUUCAUUUUCUCCAGCAUCCAAAAGAACCCGCUGGCUCCGAUCUCGCUCACAGUCCCCGAGACCUAUCUGGAGACCAAACUCAGCCAAGGCAAAUGCCUGUGCCCAGCCUGCACCGCACUUCAGCAGGUCCAGGGGCAGCAGGAAGAAAACAGCAGCAACCAGGCAAUCCCGCUCCAGAAUAUACAAACCAGGAGCGCUGGCGGCCAGGUCCUGCACUCCGGGCAGGAUGCCUACAAAGGCACUGAGCUCUUCGUGGAGCCCUUACAGUCUGUCCUCUGCUGCUAUAGUCUCACCCACAGCUCAGGAGAUCAAUGAAAGGUUUUUGCAGACUCUUGCAGAAGGUGCUGUGGGGAGGUCCCUGAUAGAAAUGUCCCCGUAUGAGAAGGAGCUGGUGCGCCUCCGGCUGGAGCGCCUGCGUAUGGAGGAGGAAUGGUUACUGGAGCUAAAGAGGCAGCAGGAGUUGGAACGAACGCGUGGCCCCAAGCCCAAGUGGUACGAGAUGAAAAGCUCCCAGUUCCACUACGAAGCCCACAAGAAUAACCAGUUGCUGAGGAGCAGCCAGGACUUCCAGUCCAUGUAUAACUAUAGGCGAGAACUGGAGUCAGCAUCCAAGGAGUUCCAAGAACAUUCGAAACCCACACACUUGGCUUCUCUCUAAUAAGAGCUAACAUCCCCGGCACUAACCCAUGCCAGUGAAAGAGAGACUUGGGGGUUGCAUAUUCCAGGAAGUUUGUAUGCUAUGCUUGGAGGAGAGGUAACAAGGUGGCAGGAAGGGGUGUUCUUCCACCCCAGUAAUCCACCGACCAUUUCCAUCCUUGGAGGAACUCUGUUGUCUUCAAUACUGAAAGUGGUAUGUUAGCAUGAAUGAUAGCAAACUACAUCACCAAUGCUCUUAUCUACCUCUGUCUAUAGAUCAACAAAGAUCUAUGUGCUCAUUCUCUGCCCAGGAGGGAAUUUCCCUGUACAAAUCACCCCUACUCAGCUUACUUGCAGCGCCCCAAAAAACCAAGGAGGAGGGUAUGGGGAUGGAAACACAGGAAGAGGACAGCAAUGCAAUGGGAAGGAUUGAUCUGUUAACAUAGACAUUGGAAGCCGACCUAAAGCCCCGUUUGUCAAAUCUUACAGCCAGAGAUGAUGAAAAGUUCAGAGUACAGCAUGCCUUGGCUCCACUGUGCUUGCAAAUGUUGCAGUACCAUUCAUUCGGCCCUCCUGCCUGUGGGCUCCCUCCUUUUAAAUGAUUGUUUCCUCCAAAGUGCAGCCCUAAUGAAGUCCCUAUGACUUUUUUGCAGGUGGCUUUGUUUUGCCUUUAAGUCUUUCUGUAAUUAACUGCUGACGAGUGGAGGAUCUAAAGCUCUGCUGCUUUCAGUGGUCACAUUUAAGUGUGAGCAUUUCCAUACUGCAGGAUCUCACAGUGCAGCGCAUGCAGUUCUGGAAACCAAAACAAUGGUAUAACAUUUUAGUUUGCAAUACCCAUGAUUUCCACAGUUUCUGAGGAGACACCCCGAGGCCAAGCCAUCUCUAUUCCCUAACCAGCGCAAGUUAAUCUAUUUGAACAGCAGCACCCUGAUUAACAUUUGUAAUUUUCCAUCAGGAGGUCUUAGGACAUAUUGAUUGCUUUAAUAAAACUCUGUUGCCACUAAACACGGCUAGCAAGGGCAGUGGGAAUACAGGGGGCACUUCAUUUCUCCAGCACUGAUAACUUAUUUGCUACACCCAUGGCAAAACUUGAAUUAUUAUGGAGGGGGAGCUGGGAACGAGAGGUGAUUUCACGAGGCCAGUAGGGCUUAAGAAAAAAAUAAAAAAAUAAAAAAUAAGGUUGCAACAGAGUCUCUCUCCAGCUCAUUUGGUCUGACAUAAACAAAUGGGUAUUGCCCACUGCUGAAAAAUCAGUAACUGCUAUUAUUACUGUGUCCUUCUCCUGGGAAAGUCAGGGGUUUAACCAGGCAGUUGGAGUCUCCAGGAAAGUUACAGAACUAUUGAGAAUAUAGUUACCCUGUUAAACCCCACUCAGAUUCAUUUUCAGCUGCAUUGAUCUGUCAUGUGCAGUCUGGAAAGAUACCGCGUUGAAUUAUACAUCACUUCUUUUUUCCUAAUGGAACCAUUACAGAAGCUGACAUUUUUUUAGAAUUAAAUUUACUCUUUUGCUGUUUAUCCUGAUUUACUUUUCACAUUUCACGUGCUGGGGCUCCUGCAUUAGGAUCAUGCUGCUGGGAGCUUAGAGCUUAACCACAAGAAAUUAAACUUUAAUUCAAAUGAAAAAACCCCAAGCAUUUCUGGCAGGUUUUAUGAAACUUAAACCCCCCCACACGAGACUCACAGUGAACGAAAUUACCCGACAAACAGCCUCUUUAAAGCUACAGCAGCUAUAGGGGAAAGUGAAUG